GAGUGAGAGAGAGAGAGAGUGAGAGAGAGAGAGAGAGUGAGAGAGAGAGAGAGAGAGAGAGAGAGAGAGAGAGGCUAAAUACAGUGAGGUCUAAUUAAGUGCCGCAAUCUCUUACGUUAGCGCCGAAACCCUCGCGAGCAGUGCGCGGCGGCGUCCCUCCUGGUUUAGCGCGCGGGACCGCACACCCCAGAGAUGCCCACAAGUAGCGGAGCGGCACGUGCUCGGAGCCGGAGCGCGAGCGGCAGCCCCGGCCGCGGGCGGAGGCGCGCGCUCCUGCUCUGACAGCGCGGAGAUCACUGCUGCAUAUGGCAGAACAUCACGAGCGCGGCUCCGGCGGUGACGCGGGUGGAACUGAACGCGCCGCACUGUGCUUAUGCGUGUAAACCUGCUCGCGCUUUGUGUGCGUCGGCAGCCUUGGCGAGACGAAGCCCGCGUGCACCGAACUGUUUCGAAGCUUAGCGCAACUUUUGUCCCUGCGAAAGUAGAGCGAACGGAGAGCGGUCCGCGGGCGAUGACCGCUGAUGCCGUCUUCGGCGCAUUCGAGCGAGCCUUGCGAGCGUGACGUGCACUCGCACAGACGUGACUGGUGGUGUCUCCGUGCAGAUUCCCGUCCUCCCGGGGUCUCUGGGUCUCGAGAUGCGGUGCAGCGUGGCAGCGUUCGGACGAGCGAGUCGAUCAUGCAGAGGGGCGCUUCACAGCCCGCUGCAGCGCCGCAUCUGACCGCUUUACGACCACUCUCGCUUUCGUCAGCCCUCUUAUCACGUCCUUUUUUAACGCCUGUGCAGGUGCAGCGAAUAACUCACGUGCUCACACCGGGCAUGCAUCAACCAAACUCUCACUGAGUCACUUUCGCGAGAGGGGAAUUCGGCGUGCAGCGCGUGCAAACCCCCAGCCCAGCCCAGCCUGCCCGAGUCUUGGGGCGAUGCAACAGCAGCUCCGCUCCGGAAGCCUGAUGCUGGUGUGCACGCGGUGGGAGAGGCUCGCUUCCCGCUGGUUCGCUGCGCGCUCUCGCGCCCUGUCCGCCUUCUAGAAUGUUGCGGCAGGUGUUGCACGAGGGCCUCAAGACGUCGUUCCACAAGCUGGGCCACUUCGUCGCCAACCACCCGGUGUUCUUCGCCUCGGCGCCCGUGCUCCUCUCCAUCCUGCUCGGCGCGAGCUUCAGCAGGUACCGCAUCGAGGAGAACGUGGAGUACCUGUUGGCUCCCAAGCACAGCCUGGCCAAGAUAGAGGGCAACCUGGUGGACAGCCUCUUCCCCGUCAACCGCUCCAAACACACGCUGUACUCGGACCUGCAGACGCCGGGCAGAUACGGCCGUGUCAUCGUGACCUCGCGCAAGGGGAGCGUUCUCGAGCCUCACCACGUCGAUCUGGUUUUGAAGCUUCACAGCACCAUCACCCACAUCCAGGUUCCAAUGUUGGGCUUCAACUACACCUUUGCCCACCUCUGCCUGCUGGAUGACAGCAAGAACUGCAUAGUGGAUGACAUCCUGCGGGCCCUGGAGGAGAUGCGCACGGCUAGGGCCUCCAAUCGCACUGUGCUGCCACUGCGCUACCCCAUCACCAGGCUGAAGGACGGGCGGGAGGCCUACAUUGGACACCAGUUGGGUGGCGUGACUCCAGUCAGCAGUGGACGGGAGGGUGUGCGCACUGCCCGCGCCCUCCAGCUCACGUAUUACCUGCAGGCAGCCAGUCCAUUAAACGAGGUGGUGGCAGCCCGCUGGGAGCUUCUGUUCUGCAAGGAGUUGGAGAGCUUCGGGAAGGCACACCCGGAACUAGGCCUGUAUCCUUUCACCUCAUCCUCACUACAGAGGGACUUCCAGAGGACCAGCCGCGUGUCAGAGCGGCCACUGCUCUUUAGCCUGGCUGUGUGCCUCUCACUGGCUGUGCUCUGCUGCUCCAUGAGGGACUGUGUGCGCACCAAGCCCUGGCUGGGCCUCCUGGCGCUGGUCACCGUGAGCUUGGCCACCCUCACCUCAGCAGGGAUAUUUAACCUUGCGGGGGGAAAGUACAACUCCACGUACCUCGGCAUUCCUUUCAUUAUGCUAGGUCACGGCUUGUUUGGCACAUUUGAGAUGCUGUCGUCAUGGCGGCGGACGCGUGAGGAUCAGCAUGUGAAGGAGCGGGUGGCUGCCGUGUUCUCGGACUGCAUGCUGCCCUUCACGGCCAGCACUGCCUUGCAUCUGGUCACCUUUGGCAUCGGAGCCAGCCCAUUCACCAACAUUGAGGCUGUGCGCCUGUUCUGUCGCAAUGCCUGCAUCUCCGUCCUUUUCAACUACCUCUACAUCCUCACGUUCUAUGGCUCCAAUCUGGUCUUUGCUGGCUACCUGGAAAACAAUUAUCGCCACAGCCUAUUUUGCAGGCGUGUACCUAAGCCCGAGCUACUGCAGCAGAAGCCGGCCUGGUACCGCUUCCUUAUGUACACGCAUUACAAUGAGGAGGCAGCAGAACCCGGUGACCUGCGCGCCUAUGAGACCCAUUUACUGGUGGCCUUCAUGAAGCGCUACUACUGCGACUGGAUCACCAAUACCUAUGUCAAGCCCUUUGUAGUGCUCUUUUACCUGGUCUAUGUCUCCUUUGCAUUGAUGGGCUACUUGCAGGUGAGUGAGGGUUCAGAUCUCAGUAACGUUGUGGCUACAGAGACCAGCACUAUUGCUUACACCCGAGCACAGCAGCGCUACUUCAGCAGUUACAGCCCUGUGAUUGGCUUUUAUAUCUAUGAGUCCAUUGAGUACUGGAACACCAGUGUACAGGAGGACCUCCUGGAGUACACUAAAGGGUUUGAACGCAUCUCCUGGUUUGAGAGCUACUUGAACUACCUGCAUGGGCUGAACAUCAGCACCAGCCUGUCACGCAGUAACUUCACUGAGCAUCUGCGUUCGGGCUUCCUGCGUCAGCCCCGUUACCUGCACUUCUCAGAUGACAUCAUCUUCGCCAAACGAGCUGAUGGAGAGUUUGAUGUGGUGGCCUCUCGUAUGUUCCUAGUUGCCAAAACAACAGAGAACAAGCGAGAGGAGAUGUCCAUCUUGCUGGACACUUUGCGGAAGCUCUCACUGACAUCUAGAGUAAAGUUCAUCAUCUUCAACCCCUCUUUUGUGUAUAUGGACAGAUAUGCGUCUUCAGUGGGCGCACCACUGAAGAACUCUUGCAUUGCUGCUCUCUUCUUACUCUUCUUCUCCACCUUCCUUGCAGCUGACCCACUGGUGAAUGCCUGGCUAACUGUGACAGUGGCCUCAGUGGAGUUUGGGGUUGUGGGCUUCAUGACUCUGUGGCAGGUGGAGCUAGACUGCAUGUCUGUGCUGUGCCUAAUUUACGGGGUGAACUAUGCUGUGGACUCUAGUGCUCCUCUGGUGUCAGCCUUCGCCCUGGGCCGGGAGUCAACACGUACCCGCUGGGUGAAGGUGUCCCUGGAGCGCCAUGGGGUUCCGGCUCUGCAGAGUUACGUGUGCUAUGGUGCCGCCCUGCUUCCCCUGGCGGCUGUACCCUCCAACCUCACCCGCACUCUGUUCAGGUGCCUGUUCCUCACUGCCCUCAUCACCGCCUUCCAUUGUCUAGCCAUUCUGCCUGUCCUCCUGACUUUCUUACCACCCUCCAAGAGGAAGAGGCGGGAAAGAAAGAAUGUGACUGAGAACCAGGAGGAGAUUGAAUGUGUGGAGAUGGCGGACAGUACACGUGUGGUUGAUCAAAUUACCACCGUCUGAGCAAAUGCUGAAAGGUAUACGUCAACCAGGUGAACUCUGACCAAAGUACCCAGGGGGAAUGGCAGGGAAUGGGCUUACAGUGCCCAUCCAGAGUGGGCCAGUAUGGGCCUAGAUGAGAGACACACCCUGGUCCCAUGUGAGCUCGUAGGUGUCUCUGCUGUGGGCCUACUGUCUCAGAAAGAGUGUGAGCGCUCCUGCUGAAACUAGGCUUUGUUGUCAUGGUAAAAAGUGCUAGGUAGGCCUUGCCAUUAAAGCGAGACUAGGUUGUCAUGGUGAAAGCCCUGUGAAGGCUAUGCUGCACAACUUCCAUCCCUCAUGGUGUAGAGAGAAAGUCGUUGCUUGGCAAGCCAGAUUCUCGGCCAGCUGCAGAUAAUUACAGAGUGGCUUCUCUGGCUGGCAGUUGUAGAGUAGUAGAUGAAUGCUGUAACAAGGUCUUGCCUUAAUGCGGCACAGAGGCACAUAUAUAUGCGAACCACUGCAACAUUACUGUGAGACAAAACAGGCAACCAAGGUAUCAUUACAAUGUGCCUACCACUCAUAUUUAGAGAUGGUUAGGGAGUACUCAUAGCUAAAUCAAAGCAGCCAUAGUCAUCCCUUUAAACAGCCAUUCUUUUAGCAGCCAUAUUACAUCAUCUAUGAUUCUUUCUCAGUAAGACUCUAUAGUGGUCUCUGGCUAUUUUGAGGUAAUAAGGAAGGAACAUGCUUGAAUAGAUGUCAAUAGGCAUCAAGACUUCAUCACAGCCCCUCCUGUUUUUCUUUCUGCUGCUGUUGAUGUCAGUCCACUCCCCUCCCCAACACGUUCUGUCUCAGAGGCAGUAAUAGUUGGGUGAGCGAUACAGGAGAAAAAAAAUAGGAAGAGCAAGAGAGAAACAGAUGCUUGUAAGCGUUGGCAGGUUGAGAUGCAGUGCAAUGCUUCCAUGGUAACCUCCUUAUUGCAGGUCACAGUUUGAUUAUACUGUGCAUAUUUAAUUUCCCUCCUUUCAAGCUUUCAGUCAUUCCCUGAUAGGGUCAUUGGUUGCCAAUUAGGUUAUAUGUUAUAUUGCAGGCCAUAAAUAAUUUGCAAAGGGUUUUCUCCUGGAGUCCUUUUGUGUUUUGGUUUCCUCUGAAAAUGCUGAAAAUUAUCCUGUCACAGACUAUGCUUCUCAUCAAUAUGUAUGAGUCUGAAAAGCUGUUUUUUUGUCCUUGCCCUCUGUGUAUGAGAAGCAGAAAGGAGGAAUGAGAGAAGGAUAAAGGCUGAGAAAGAAAGAGCAAGGUGGGGAGAGAGAAAGAGAGGUUAAGAGAGGAGCAUCUGGCAGAUUAAAUCUAUUUAUUUUUGAGAUACCCCUCAGUCCUGAGGCUACUUGUGUCAAAUCAAUUCUAAUAUAAAAUGGAGUCUAUUCUUCCUCUUCCUCACUUCCUCGUAUGACGACUGUUACCAUCAGUUUAGUCUCCGACCCUCACAUAUACAGAGCGUUUGUGUCUUGCACACAAAGCUGGACGCAAGUCCGGCAUUUUGUCAGUUGCAUUACGAUUGAUCUCCAUAUCCAUGUAUGCACACUUCCGUGCAGCAUUUUUUUUAUUCAGACGGGAAAAAAUGUGUUUUUCCAGUUAAAUUGGAGUCAUCAGUAGCAAACAGCUGCAAGCACUGGACAUUGUGCCACAAAUUAGCCUUUCAGAGCAAGAUACACAGUCACCUCCACUUACACGCCGCACCAAAACAGAAGGCUGAGUUAAGUCACUUGCAUGGCCUCUUGCUGACUAGUUAAGCAGAUACUGGUCAGGAAAUGCAGUGAAAAGUGCAGGACUCUCCGCUGAUAGGCAGAAGUCUGGCUUGCAAGACAACCUUCAGGUAGACCCCACACCAUACAUCAGUUUAUCAGUAACGUCUUAGUUCUCAUGUUAAUAGGGGUUUCUUUCAGGGUGCAAACACACUCUGUCUACAAAGUUUGUAAGGAAAAGAGAUGAAAAAUGCACAAUCCAAUUCAAAACUGAAAUCUGUCAGAGGUCACUGUAGUAAAUGUCUUUGAUGAAAGAGGAAAAAGCAAAGGAAGCAGAGGAGAAAAAUGUUCGCCAGAACUGUGUGCAGUUUUCAUUUAGUCAUGCACACUUGAUGUGGCAGCUGUCUGUCUCAGGCUGUGCCUGUUGGAGAGUCUGAAUUUCUGCUUUGUCAGAGUGAGGAACCCUUAAGUUUAUGGUGGAGCAUUACAGUAAUGCGUGGCCUAAGGGGCUCAGGCUCCCUGCAUGACUCCACUGGCUGGUAGCCAACAGCUGCUCCUUUCUCCUCUCUCACAGUGCUGGAGCUAUGCACGACUGCGGCACAUCUGGGUGAGCGUGCUCACUGGACGCACAAGUCUGGAGAGCUGAUCAAACCAUCCUUUCUACUGCAGCGCUGACAUACAGCCUCACCCUGAAGCUCACACUGUCCCCUGCACAGCACUCUGAAUGUAAUUUACAUGGAAUCCUAUUAGCUCCCAUUGUCUAUCAUUCUAACUUCUCCCUGAUCAAAAUGAGAGAUAUCUGCCUGCCUAUCUGUUUUUCUCUUAUUCUGCGUAGACUAGGGCUGCACGAUAUGGACAACAUACUGUAUUAGUAAAUAUUAGUAAUGUGAUUGUACUGCUACAUAAUUGCAAUUGCAGUCCCUCUCACACAUAUUAAAAACACACUGGUGAAAGACUCAGACAUGGUUGGAAAUUAGUCUGUUUAAACUUGACAAAAAUUAUAUUUGCUGUUCUUGCUCCACACAAAUACCUUGAUUCAUCAAAACACCCACUAAAACUCAUUGGUGACUGUGGUCAGGAUGUGUACAUCUGUGAUGAAUUAGAGGGCUCAGUUGCAUAUUACAGCCUCCUGCCAUAUCUGUACUGUAAAGACCAAUAUCACAAUAAUAAUUAACCAACAGUAUAUUGUGCAGCCUUAGUAUUGACCUACGUAUCGGCAUAUACAACUGCAUACACCUUGAUAUCUAGGCUAGUACAAACAUUUCACUCAGUUUAUCCUGGGAUAUACCUUCUCAAUCUUGUUCUAGGACGGAGUGUACCAUUACCAUUAAUCUGGGGUAGCUGGAGUUCCGACUUCAUCAGGUUGUUCCACUCUCUUCUUACUGUAGAAGCCAGGAGCGAUGUGUCACUGUGUGUUUAAUGACCUAAAUGUGCAUAAAUGUGUCCCUCUCCGAAGAUACUGUACUUGAAAAAACUCUUUACCCUUUAAGAGAUAUCCUACGUAAUUGUUUUUUUUUUAAUCAUCCUUUUAUAAAUGAGUCCAUUCUGUAUGUACUGGAUGAGAAUGUUUGAUGAGUCCCCAUCACCUCAUACAAAAACACCCCCCAUCUGCCCAUGUAGCCUCAUGACUUUAGUGGCUCAAUAUGAAGAUGCACAUCCAUAGCAUACCUCUAUCAAACACACUCAGGCCUGCACAUUUGAUCAUCCAUACCACAUCUUUCUUUUGUUUUCUUCAUCGAAAUGGAAGAGUUAUGAAGCAGCAUAGGCACCAAGGAUCAUAUGAAGAUGUAAAAAAUAUAAAAGGACUAAGGGGACACACAGAUCACAAACAAUACAUAACAAAAUACACACUAAUUUGCCCUUCAGGAGGGAACUGUUGCUUUUGUAUCUGUUUGUAUGAAUUCCAAACCAAUAAAGAAAAAAACUUGCA